UAUGUGCGAUGGUGAUCAUAACAGUAAUUUAAAAAAAAAGCUUUUAUUUAAAACUAGGUUCAUCUAAGGUAUUUCUUUAAAGCUAUGUUAAAAAAGUCAUUCAAAUCCUUAUGUUAACAUUACUAGUACUUUUAAAAUUUAUUAGCUAAAUAGUUUAGCAAUUUCUCAGUAGAUCAAAUCCUAGGCAGAUGGCUUACAUUAUAGGACCUGAAGUUGUAAGCUACGCUUGUACCUGUGGCUUACUGAAACCAAUAACUCAUCUUUACCUUUGUCGACAUUGCUUUCAGCUGAGAUGUACCUUUUGCUUGUGUCAAGAGGUUGAUACUAUUUUCUGUGGAAAAUGCAAUGAUAACAAGCAUUCCCAAGAAGCGAAAGACAAGAAAAAUAAGUGCGAUAACUGUUUUAUGUGUCCCAGCUGUCAGCAGGACUUAUCAACCAGAGUUGCAUCUAAACCGCCUGCUAAUCCGGAUGAAGCCAAGUCAGUUGUUAAGAAAACUUAUUAUUUAAGCUGCUAUGUAUGCAGAUGGAGCUCUAGGGAUGUUGGAAUUCCGGAUCAACAAUCUGCGACUGGUGGAUGGAAACCUCAUGAGAAUGUUAACUCUAUAAGGCUUCACUCACUAAUGAGGUAUAAUAAGGAACUAAUGGCUUUUGAAAAGAAGAAAAAGGAAAACGAGAAGAAGAAGCAGAGAGGCAAAUUUGUUAGCUUGACGAACAAAACAGGAGUAACUGCCUCAGCUCUAAGAAAGCGUGUUGGGUUACCAGAUACCGCUCAUGUUCGGCUAAAAAAUCUAAAACCGCCAGAACCUGUAGAACCUGCAAUAGCAAAAGCGGAGGUUGAUGAGCUUCCGGACAGUAUUUUCACUGAUCCAAUUGAUUUAAUGGAAGUAACUACCAUAGAUCAGCGCUUAAUGCAGCCAGAACUUCAACCUGCGACUAUUGAUAAACUUUUUCCGGUACAAAAGAAAUUAUCUAUUAAGAAAUCUUUGCGGUGCCGCCAAUGUGAACAUAGUGUUAGUAAACCGGAAUAUAACCCGAGUUCCGUUAAGUUUAAGAUUCAACUUUUUGCUUACUAUCACAUUCCGGAAGUGCGUAUAGUCACGGUCGAACCGUUGAGCCCAGGAAAAACUUCCGAGUUAAUUUUAAAGUUUACAAACCCUAAUCAACACCAGACCACCAUUACCAUAUUAGAUUUGAAUUUGGAGGAACAAGAAAAGUAUGUUGAGGACCAGCAGGUUAUUGAGUUGUGUGACUCUUUGGAAGAUUCUUUGUCCCUAAAGAAGCAGCCGAUGAGUUUACCGUCAUUAGCCAGUAGCCAACCAUCCAGCUUGGCCAGUUUGCCCCCUAAACAACCGUCAGUGACGGUAAAACCAAGAAAAAUCUGUCAGAGUGUAAACUGCGAUGUGGAACUGCCAACCAGCAAUUUUAUUUUACCACCUCGAGAUGACGCUGCUGAGUAUGAUGAUUCUGGUGAUAACCACAACAUUAAGGAUGAUACCAAGCUGGUCAAAUGGCGAAAAUCAAACAAAGCAUUUAUAAGACUCCAAGUUACUCCAAAAGCGGAUUUAUCCAUCGAUGAAAAUGUGACAUGCGGAUUUACUUUUGAACAUCUUUAUACCCACGUGAUUGCCAGUACUGCGGAUAAUAAACAGCCCCAGAUUCGCAAGUACGAUCAUAGGAUUCGAGUGUUUUUAAGAUUAGGAAAAACCGUGGGAUCUAAGUAAAAUAAAGGUUAUAAAAAUAUAGUUAGUAAGUUGCUUUACAAUGUUUUGCACAGCAUUUGAAAAAAAUUAUUUAUUUGUUAUUUAAGCAUAAAAAAUAAUUAAGGCUUAGUUUAUACAUUUGCACCGCAUAAUAUGCUUAACUAAUAUUAUUGUUAAAUAUAUACUAUUGAGAUAAAUAAAUAUGUUUAAUCCAACUAAAAAAAUUUCCAUAGCAGUUUAACGAAUAUUAUAAAAUGGUUUUAUACAUUGUAAUAAGGCGCUAUGUUAUACUAAGCUAUUAAAAAAUUAAAAUAGAA